CCUCCAUAUCAGUCUGUGUUUACACAUUUCCCUUCAGUUUAUAUCGCAGAAAUAUAGAGUUCUUUUUUUGUUGUUUACGUCUUCAUUUAAAAUGGAGGAAACAGAUGUGAUACGAGAAGCGGUGCCGGAGGAGAGGAAUGAGAGACCGAAGAGAAAAGCGAGCUGUAAGAGACGGUCGAGUGUCCUCGCGCCGGAUUCUUCCUCCCCCGGGAGCAGUAGCAGCAGCAGCCAACGGCCUGCUUUGAGAAGAGGAAGUUCUUUCGCCUUUCUUACACCCGGCCCUCACUGGGACUUCACUUUGAAACGGAAACGCAGAGAGAAGGAUGAAGAUGCGGUCAGUCUGUGCAGCUUUGAUUUUAAGGAACCCAGUACUAAGCGCGUGCGGCCGCUGGCCCGAGUCACCUCGCUGGCGAACUUCAUCUCCCCUGUGAAGAAUGGGGCCGUCCGGCGCUUCGGUCAAACCCUGCAGGCUUCAUUGCGGGGCGACGGGCGCUCCCCGGGCGUGCCCCAUCAGAAGGCAGGCAGUAAGGCUGUGGCACCCACACCACCCAAGCGCCGUAACAGCACCCUCUGGUCCGAAACUCUUGAUGUGCACCAAAAAGGAACCUUCUCCACAAAGGAGAUAAAGAGACAAGAGGCCAUAUUUGAGCUGUCUCGAGGAGAGCAUGACCUGAUCGAGGACCUCCAGCUCGCCCGCAAGGCAUACCAUGACCCGAUGUUGAAACUAUCAAUCAUGUCUGAAGAGGAGCUGACUGCCAUCUUUGGAGAUCUGGAUGCUUACAUCCCACUUCAUGAAGAUCUGUUGGUACAGCUGGCUAUAGCGACAGGCCCGGACGGGACAGUCGGAGAGAUAGGCCAGAUUGUAGUUGACUGGCUGCCCAGACUGAACGCAUACCGGGCAUACUGUAGCAACCAGCUGGCAGCCAAAGCCCUUCUGGACCAGAAAAAGCAGGACCCAAAAGUGCAGGACUUCCUGCAGCGCUGCCUUGAGUCACCCUUCAGCAGGAAGUUGGACCUGUGGAGCUUUCUCGACAUCCCCCGUUCACGGCUGUUCAAAUACCCGCUCCUGCUGAGAGAAAUCCUCCGACACACGCCACCUGAACACCCAGACACUGCCAACCUCGAAAAUGCUGUCAGCAUUAUUCAGGGUGUGCUAAGUGACAUCAACAUGAAGAAAGGCGAGUCGGAGUGCCAGUACUACAUCGAUAAACUGGAGUUCCUGGACGACAGGCAGAAAGAUCCACGCAUAGAGCAGUGCAAGAGCCUUCUGUGCCACGGCGAGCUGCGCAACAAGAAUGGCACGAAACUGCAUGUGUUCCUGUUCACGGAAGUGCUGGUGCUGACACGGCCAGUGAUGCGGAACGAACGCCAGUGUUUCCAGGUGUACCGUCAGCCCAUUCCAGUACAGGACCUGGUGCUGGAGGACCUGCAGGACGGAGACGUGCGCAUGGGUGGCUCGUUCAGAGGGGCUUUCAGCAAUUCUGACAAAGCCAAGAACAUCUUCCGUGUGCGUUUCCAGGACCCUAUGCAGGGUCAGUCUCACACACUUCAAGUCAACGACAUCUUUCACAAGCAGCAGUGGCUUAACUGCCUGCGCAGUGCCAUGUCCGUCAUCCAGAGCGACGCCUCCACCGACACCUGCUCCCAUCGCCGCUCCUCCACAGCCUCCACAACCGUCCACAUGGAGGAGACGGACGAGAACCAGCCUCAAAGCCAUGAGCCUCCCAGCCCCACACCUUCCACCACCUCAACAUCAUCGUCCUCAUCCUCAACAUCCUCAUCAUCCUCGUCAUCUAGCUCGCCAAGGAAAUCUAAAAAGGACAAGCGCAUUCUCUGCUCUCUGGGCAAGAGGAAGGAAACCAUGGUGUAGAGAGCUCUCAAGCUCUACAUGGACUAGAAGCUCAUCCCAGAGUGGACUUGUAUUUAUGUGUGUGUUGGAACCCUCUGGUUCCACAGCAGUGUUUUGUGUUUCUGUCCUCAAUGGCAGCUAUAUCCCCUUUAAUACACGCUAAGCCGACCCAUGGGGAGCGAAUCCGGACCAGGGAGAUGCGGUGUUCUCAAGGGUUAACUGCAUGUGUUUCAAGAAGUGUUUUACACACGUGCAUCCGCUUUCACUCAGUGACCAGUGUGUGAGAGUGAGCAUGAGAUCACAGCCCUGUUUACCGUUAGUUUGGCAUUAUUGUAUUAUUAAUUUGGUUUGUAAUUAAAUGGUACCUUUUUUAUUUUAUAUAUAUAUAUAUAUAUAUAUAUAUAUAUUCUCAAUCAGAAAUUUACUGUAGCUCUUUUUUGUUUGUUUUUAUUUUCAUUGAAACAGCACUGUAGCGUUCAGCUGAAAAAUGGAGUGUACGCAAAAGCAGCAAUAAGGGAAAAGAACAGCCACAAAGAAAAGAAACGAUCAAAAUAAACUACUGGAAGAGCUGAAUUUCAGUACAUUCCUCUUAAAUGAAUAUCAAUAUAUGAUACUUUGCUGUAUGGAUUGUACAUGAUUUGGAAAAACAACAUUAAUUUAAGUCCAUUUGUUCUUGAAAACCAAAAGAAAUCACAGUGCAAUUGUGAUUUACACUGUCAAGAUCAGGAUAUGUGUUUUUUUUUUUUUUUUUUUUUUUUUAAUUUUACUCACGUAAAAUUGAAACUGAGCCAUGUUGGCUUUUUUCUUUUUUAAGAAAGCUAACUCCCGACAGGAAACGGAUCAAUUUUCAAUGUAGCAUCUUGCAUGGAGCUUUACUUGUACAAUGGCAUGUAAAUGCUUGUGUAUAAAAAGAAGAGAGUUCACUGAAAUCGCUGGCAAGGAAUGUUGUAUGUUGUAUGAGGGUUUAAGAUAUGUUGUUUUAUAAGAAUUCUGAGGAAGAAGAGUCAGACUUGGAUUCUAGACACUGCGCUUGAUCACAGUUUUUCGCUCGUGUUUCAUCGUAGUGUCCUGAACAAAGCACGAAUGUUGGAUGCACUGGUGAAAAUCCAGUGUGGGUUGUUUACCAGGAAAGAUGAAAAGCAUGUGGAAAGAAAGGCAAAAGUGAAUGUUGGGUUGAAAAAUAAGUCACAGGAAGAAGUUUGUGUAAAAUACAACGAUGUGUUGAUGUCUGAAGUGAGCUUGUAAAUCUGUUUGCUGUAUAAAGAGAACAUAAUUAAAGGGACAAUAAAGAUCUGUGUAAGAUAUGCAUCUGAAA